AACACCCGGAGUUUGGAGAUUCUGCAGAUACUGGAAAUCCAGAGCAAUACAUAUGAAGUGCAAGAGGAACUCAGGAGGUCGGGCAGCAUCUAUAGAAGGAACUAAACAGUCGAUGUUUCGGGCCAAGAUGCUUCAUCAGAACUUGAACUGCUGAGUUCCUCCAGCAUUGUGCAUUAUGCAUUUGUUUGUGAGAUUUUGCUGCAUGCAAAAUGGCCAAAACACUUGCCUGCACUGAACACGCUUCAGGAGUAACCCAUGGAUGCCUUGAGAAUGUGAACAGGUUGCUGGAGCCACAAACCAUGGUGACCCCACUUCAGCCGCGAGUUUGCCAACUGUCCAAGAAGGAAGGCAGCAGCUUUGGGUUCUUCUUGAGGCUUGAGAAGGAUGUGAAGGGGCACUUGAUUCGCACCGUGGCAAAGGGAGGUUCUGCCGACCGUGCGGGUCUGAAGGACGGUGACCGAGUGCUCAGGGUCAACGGGGUGUUCGUUGACACUGAGGAUCAUCAACAGGUGGUGGAAAUGAUCAAGAAGUCAGAAUCCUCAGUCACCCUGACGGUACUGGAUGCUGCCUCGUACGUUAGUGCCAUGAAGCAGGGCAUUGACCUGCUGCAAGUGAGCUGUGUAGACUCAGGUCCAAGCCAGCCGGCGGUGAAUGGAGUCGGUGAGAAAACACACCGGCCAAGGCUCUGCUACCUGCUGAAACAAGAACGCGGCUUUGGAUUCUCACUGAAAACCAUCAAAGGAGUCCCUGGUCUGUUCAUGACGGAAAUUUCUCCCCUGGGUGCUGCUUCCAUCGCUGGUGUUGAACUCAACGACCGGAUCAUCCAGCUGAAUGGAGAAAACGUUGAGAAUCUCACCCACGAGCAGAUGGUGGCCAAGAUGAAGUCUUCAGGGAUCAACAUGGUGCUCCUGCUGAUCGACGAAACCUCGGAUAAAUACUUCAAGAGCAGAUCGGUCCCGGUUGUGGCAUCGAUGGCGAGUGUGAAAGGGCUCCCUCUCAAGCCGCGGAUAGUGGAGUUAACCAAGGAGGCAUCAGGAUAUGGGUUCUUCCUGAGGAUGGAACAGGGCCACCAGGGUCACUUCAUCAGGGCGAUUGAUCCAAACAGCCCGGCAGAAAAGGCGGGUCUAGCUGAUGGGGAUAUUCUGAUUGCUGUGGAUGGGACAAGCGUGGAACAGCUCGAUCAUGAGAGUGUGGUUGAAAUGAUAAAGAAAUGUGGGAACAAGACCACGUUCCUUGUUGCCGACAACGUAACAAACAAGCUUUACAAACAGGCUGGCAUUUCUCCACUCCUCUACUGGAGUGAAGUGCGUGAGUCGCCCUGUGCAGAGGACAUCGAAGCGCCAGCGGAGAGGCAGAGGACAGAGGCUGAUCCGUCAGCCGAUACCAAACUUUUCCACCUCAUUAAAGGCCCAGAAGGGUUUGGCUUCACCAUCGAUGCCGUCCGGGGUUCACAGGGGCAGUCUAUUAGAGAGGUUGUCACAGGAAGCCCAGCCAGCGAGGCUGGCCUGGAAGUGCACGACGUCCUGAUAGAAGUGAACGGCAACAGUGUGGAGACGGACACACACAGUGAGCUGGUGGAGAGAAUCAACAGCUGUGGGGACCAGCUGAGUUUGCUUGUGAUCAGAAAAGAAGGGUCGGAGCACCUCAAAGCCUCGGAGGCGCCUGCGUCUUUACCAGCAAUCCCUGAGACAACACCCGAGUCCACGGGCACCCUCAAUGACAUCCAAGAGGAGAGCAAAGCUGAGGAGGCAGCAGAGGCUGAUGAACUCACCCAGAAGGCAGGAGAGCAGGACAAGUCCUCCUCCUCCUCCUCAGCUGAAGACGAUUCAGAUGAUGAUACACAAAUGUGAAAGGAUUAUAAAGGAAACGUACACAGCCAAAGCACAUCAUCACCACUUCAGUAACUGUGACUUCAUAAUCACAUAAUCAUAAGUACAGUUUUCUUAAGAAAAUUCCCUACAUUUUUGAAGUAAUAAUGCUCAAUGUAAGAAUUUAUAAAAUUUAAGUAUUUUAUCUCACAUCACAAUUGACAAUUAUGUGUGUCAGUGAUCUAAUUAGCCCUUGUCUCUCAAUCCUAAAAUUCUGUCCUCUACCUCGCAUAUUUAACCAAAUAGUUUCUGAACAUUACUGUAGAACUGCUUCCUGCAGACCAGUGUGCGAGUUUCUCUGUGAGUUAACAAGUCAAAAUGUUACAAAUCAUUUCCAAUGUCAAACCAAACCAAUUCCUAAUAUACUCAAGGCUACUACUUGGCUGUCUCAACACGACUGGAGUGAUCACCAGGUUUGAGUGUUAAUUAAAAUAUUGGUACAUCUUUGUAAACCCAUUGUACAGGUCGAUGGAUUCUCCUUCUCUCUCGUUGAUGAGUCACUGACCAAGAGACCACCCAAUCAUCAGGUGGUAUGCCUUGGUAGUAGUGUUCUUUGAAACUGUUGUGACAACUGUACUUCAUUUCAUUGGUUACUGAAGGACGUUGCCUAACUUAAUGAAAUUUCUUAUAACCUGGAAGAGGUUUGUACAUUCUCCCCGUGACCGCAUGAGUUUCCUCCCACAUCUGAGAGAUUUAGGGUUUGGAUCAGUGAGUUUACGGACAUGCUGUGAUGGUGCUGGAAGCAUGGCGACUCUUGCAAACUGGCCCUACCCCAAUCGUCAUGGAAUUGAUUUGAUUUGAUGCAAUGGACGCAUUUCACUGCUUUGAUGUUUUCAAGUACUGUGACAAUUAAAAAGCUAGUCUUUACUCUUUAUUUGAUCCAAUUUCCCAAGGUCCAUUAUCUUCACACCAUUGACUGGCCUCCAUCAAUCUCCUUGACUAAUGAUACAGGAACAGAAGGCCAUUCAGCCCCUCAAAACUUCCUUCCAUAUUAUUGAAUGAUGGUUGAUCUGUAUGUCUACAGCAUCUCACUGAUUGUGUCACUCCCCCUUAUUGCUCUCCCCUGCCAGUACCUGCACAGUCCGAGCUUCUGGUUUUGAGAGAGAGUUCCUUAAUUACACUACCCUUUUUUAGCCUAAUUCUGUUCCUGUGUCUUAUGGAGAGGGCAGGAGAUUGGUGCCAAGAGGGAAAUGGAUCAGCCACCAUGAAAUGACGGAGUAUACUCGAUGAGUCAAAUGGCCUAUUUCUGCUCCUACAUCUUGGGUUUUAUGUUCCUGGAUUUUACGUUGAACUGUUAAAUCUGUGGUGACCAAUUUGUAAACAAAGCAUGCUGCCAGCUCAAUACCCACAAGCUAUACAAUACAAACAUUUGUACAGCAGGGAGAUGAGAAUAUCCUUUUAAAACUAAUCUAUCAAAUUAAGAUGAAUGCACAUGGUGUAGCCUUUGGGUUUUUUUCAUAUUCUUUUGCAAUAUUUUCAACAAGAUUAACACCUGCCUCCUCAGAAAAGGAGCCUUGCAUUAUAGGAACUGGAGGAUUAAGAGUACCCCACAAAGGUAAUGGGGGAAAUAUAAAGCUUACCCAAGCUGCAGGAUCAGGAAAAGCUUCCUGAUUGUACCUGAUCAGCUGCAAGUUUAAAGCUCUCCUUCCUUCAAUGCUGGAAGUGUUUUUUUUUUCUCUUCUCUUUACCUUAACCAAUCAGUUAAACAUGAAGUAUAAACCAAGUAGCUUACUUUGGCACAGAGGAGGCUGAGCUGGAGAAAAUUAUGAGAAACCUUUAUAGGAAGGCCCAUUUCACUUAGCCAACUAGUCAAGUACCUCAGGUUUUGCACUGAGAGAACGAUUAGAGAAGAGACGAAGGAACACUUUUCACCCUGAGGGUGACAGAGGUUUGGAACUCACUGCCUGACAGGGUGGUGGAGGCAGAAACCUGAAUCAGAUAACAGCCCACUCCACGGUCAUAGUCAUUUAGAUCACAUUUUCCUAUUCUAAUGUUUGGUCUGAACAACAACUGAACCUCUGGACCACAUCAGCUUUGUCAACCAGCACACUCAAAGAUCAGCCAGAUGACCUCCUCCUGUUCAGUAAUUUCUAAUCACUCUCCAAAUACCUCACCCAGAGCACUUCAUUUUCCAAAAAGAAACACGCUGAGUCUAUGGAAAUUUAACCCCUUCAGCACCAGUGUGAACCUUUCUAACAGGUGGAGUGAUCUUCAGAGGAUGGUGUAGGGGCAGGGCUGAGGCUGACAGAUUGACAGAUCAUUAGGGAUGAAAGUCCUUUAUACAGAAAGAGGUAGGUGCCUAGAAUAUGCUGCCAGGAAGCAGAUCUAAAAGAGACAUUCAAGUGGCUUUUAUAUCAGCACAUGAACAUGCAGCAAAAAGAAUUAGCUUAAUAUGGCAUUGUAUUUGGCAUGGCCAUGGUGCACUGUAGGGGAUGUCUCUGUGCUGUACCAUUCUAUGUUAAACCACGAGGACUCGAUAUGUGGACAUGGCUUGUGCUCCUCUCACUGUACAGAACUUCGGGCCACUUAUCUUAGAAAGGAUGUGCUGCAACUGGAGAGGAUUCGAAGGAGGUUCACAAAAAUGAUUCCAGGAUUGAAUGGCUUGUCAUAUGAAGAGCAUUUGAUGACUCUAGGGUCUGUAUUAAUUGGAAUUCAGAAGAAUGAGGGGUGACCUCAUUGAAACCUAUCGAAUGGUGAAAGGCCUUGAUAGAGUGGAUGUGGAGAGGUUGUUUCCUGUGGUGGGAGAGUCUAAGAUCAGAGGACACACCUUCAGAAUAGAGGGAUGUCCUUUUAGAACAGAAAUGAGGAGGAAUUUCUUCUGCCAGAGUCUGUGGAAUCUGUGGAAUUCUUUGCCACAGGCAGCUGUGGAGGCCAAGUCUAUGUAUAUUUAAGGCAGAGGUAGAUAGAUUCUUGAUUGGUCAGAACAUGACGUGAUACAGGGAGAAGGCAAAUUGGAUCAGCCAUGAUGAAAUGGUGGUGCAGACUCAAUGGGCCAAAUGGCCUAAUUCUGCUCCUACUAUGGUCUUACAUAGGUUAAAAUGUUAAAAUGUAGGCUGCUGCUCUAGGCAGCAAAAUAAUCUUCAAACUUAAGUCUGGCCCAGUCCUAUUUCUUUUAGGAGUCCUGGGAAUCUGGAAACCUGUCCUAAAUGGUGUGGUGCCAGGGGUGGUGUGGGAAAAACAGAUGCCACUGGAAAUUGAGACCAAGUAAAAUUUUUGUUAGGGAUUCAAGGUUAUGCUCCAUUGUUCAGGUCUCUCCCUCGAGGGAUCUUAACUUCAACUAGAUCACAUAAAGAUCUUAAGUACUCAAAGGAUCACAACCAUAUUAUAAAAUAUGGCACAAAAGGUGGGUAAAUGAGGUUAAGAUAGAUUCAAUUUAAUAGUUUAAGAGGAGGUUUUGCUCCUUCUGUUCCUAUCAGCUCAGGAAACACCCAUCCAUGCAGUACAAUUGUUUCAGAUUCAUGAAUGCAAUGUUGAGGUCCAAGCUACAUAAUUAUAUGCUGUAUUUAUGAUUUUUUUUCUGUAAAUAGAAACAACAAACUUUCAAUGGACAAAACUUGUAUCUUUGAUUUUUUUUAUGAAUAAAAAUGGGCAACUUAAUUUAAAAUACAGA